UGAGCUGGACGUCUGCAAGGAGCUUAAAUGUGAAUGGUAGAAACUAGCCGAAGAUGCAGGGGGCCAUCGCACGAGUCUGUAUGGUGGUGGCGGCUGCCAUAUUAAACCAUCCCUUGCUCUUUCCUCAAGAGAACACCACACUUCCAGAACAGGAUGAGGAGCUGAUAGCUCGAAUGCGUGAACAUGAAGAGAGGCUGGAAAUGGAGCAGGCCAAGCUGGAGAAGGAGCUUUCACAGCUCGACUCGAAGCAAGAAGAAACCAGGUCAGAAGAAGGUUAUGGUUGGUACUUCUGGAGCGCUCUGUCCUUCGUCAUAUUCUUUACUAUUGAGAUGUGCAGGGCGGACUCUGCUGACACAGAAAUACGGCCAGUUGACGAAGAAGAUGUGUUUUCAGAGAGUGAAUCCGUCAGCCCAAGCACAAUGGUACUAGACAAGGAUAUCCUGAGCAACUUCUGUGACAGAUCCACCUACACUUCAGCCCAUGAAAACUGGAGGAUCAGGGAGUUUGUUGAAGGUUUUGCUGAUGACUUGCUGGAAUCACUCAUAGUUGACCGCACUCCUGAUGAACUGCUGUGCUCCAAGAACACACCUUACUUAGCCAAAGAUCAAGUCAUGAAGUGGUUUCAGAUCUUUGUGACCAAAGCGUGGGGACGCAUUUCUCACAAAUAUGACUUCGAGGUCACUUUUCGCAACCUGGAUGCUGCCGGUGCUUUGAAGAUCAGAUUCCGUUCAGGGAAAGUCAUCGUGAUGAACAUCAUACCCGUUGUUCAGCUUGAAGAUACAGAUGCUUAUUUUGUCUCACACUUUCCAUCAGAUUGUGACAGCUCUCCAGACCCAUACUGGCCCCUCUCUUUUGCUGUCUAUGAAAGGAAUUUGCUUAAACAUUUUACUAAACGCCUACCACAAAAUUCCUGUCAUUUGCACUGCCUUCAGAUUGUUUCUUUCCUGCACAGAAAGCAGACAGGGCUCACAGGAAAAAGUGCUCUGACUAACUACCACUUCAAGACUGCUUUGUUGCACCUGUUGCUGAGUAAAAGGCCCUCAUUGUGGGGCAUUGACAAUGUUGAGCACAGGCUUCGGGAUGUGCUCAACUUCAUACAGAGGAGCCUGCAGGAGAAGAGACUGCAUCACAUUCUGAUUGGGAACAGGAAAGUGCCUGAUGUGCUCCAGGUUCCUGAGAUUGUCUGCAAAGCAAUGCCCAUCAACCUGUUCAGGUCACUGGUGUUGCAAAGGGAACUUUAUGCAGCAACAGCCAGACACUUCCAGGAGAUGUUGAGGAAUUCAACUGUGCUCCUACAAGAGUACACAUCCCUCUUAUCAAAUGGAGGUGUACACCACAGUCUAGAUGAAAGUGUAUAAGCAUUGGCCACAUUUACUUAUUUAUAGCACU